GAACAAUAGUAUUAUUGGAACAGUUGACCUCAAAAGCCGAUUGUUGCCAGAUUUGAAAUGUGGAUGUGUUUCUGUUCGACUCAUAACUUUUUGAAAUGAUUCUGAAGCCUGUAAUGUUGGUCACGGUUUUCAUCUUAAACAUACUUCUUCAAACGGUUCACAGUCUUGCCUACAGCCAAAUAGAAGGUGUUUAUGUCCUGCAUCCUGAAGAUUUCGACAACAAAACAUCUGAAGGAAUCUGGCUUGUAAUUUUCUAUCGCAAGUCUUGUGGACACUGCAUAAGCUACUCUAAACCUUUUUCACAAUUCUGCCUUUCUGUAAAGAGUAACUCAAUAUUCAUUCUCCUUAAGGUGACUUUACUGAUUAUCUGAAGAUUGGAAUUGGGCACUUCAUCUCGGAUCUGUGGAUUGUGAAGAUGAAACUAAUAUGAAUUUAUGUUAUCGUUUCAAAGUACAAGGAGUUCCCACUCUUAGGUUCCUUUCCACGAAAAACAGUAAACAAAUGUCCGAAGAAAUUCCAGCCGAGCGAAACGUGACAUUACUGAGGAAAAGCAUUGCCUCAAAGUUAGUUAAUGUUUCUGCUCUUCAGCUCUCAAGGGAUUUAGCAGUUAAUGAUCCAAUAAUUGUUACGGGUAGCGAUAUCGAAGUAAACGCUCUGCUGGUACUGGAUUAUAGUCUCCUUCUAAAACGAGAGAUCCGAAGCGUAGUAAAACCAGGCUUAAAGGAAAUCGAUGUCACGAAUCGUCUUUCUGGUGAAGUAAUUGUUAGGGGUCCCGAGGAACAGGUGAGGAUGGUACUUGAUCGAAUUGCAGGUAGUAAGCCAAGGUUGGAAGAAGACAGUCAGCCAGAAAUAGAUGUUAAAACAACACCAAUCCAAGUCAAAUAUCCACCGGUUUACGCGGUUGAUGUCUAUCGGUCACUAAGUAUGCUACUACAGUCUGAUGUUGGUGCACGUGAUAAAAUUGAGGGGCCGGCCUUAGAAGCUCUUAAAGAAUUUUUGGACAUGUUGUAUGAGAUUCUUCCAGCUUCUCAGGAAUAUAAAGCUCACCUGUCUGGAAUUUCCGUUUGGUUAAAUUCUAAAGCAAGUAUUACGGGUCAAGAAUGGGUUGCGUAUCUUGAAGGAAUCCAAUUCCCUUUAUAUAAAGGACCAUUUAUGGCGUGUAAUGGAAGCAAACCACAUUUUCGAGGAUAUCCAUGCGGUUUAUGGACUUUAUUUCAUGCAUUAACCGUAGAGCAGUACCUAUUAUCAUCCUCUAGUCCAGAUCAUCAAGUUGAUUCAAUCGCUCAUGCUUUAGGUCGUUUCAUCCCUCGAUUCUUUUCAUGUACAUACUGUGCAUUUCAUUUUGCAUUGAAUACAGCAAAUUUAGCAAGACCAGGGGAAUCUAUCUUACCGGAAAAUCGUGUCACUCCUAAUUCAAAUGAAUUUGUAUUUGAUGAAUCAGUUAUUCCUACUUUGCCUAAAGCUCCAGAGACUCCUAGAGAUACUGUAUUAUGGUUGCAUGCAAUACAUAAUCGUGUAAAUAAACGUUUAGCUGGCCAACCAUCAGAAGAUCCAACUGCACCUAAAAUUCAAUUUCCACCGUCUUAUUUAUGUCCUACCUGUUGGUCACAUAGUUCAACAGGUGAAUUGGAAUUAGGUAAAACUCCAGAGACUGAAGAAACAUUAUUUCAAUUUCUUGUUGAACGAUAUCGUGCAUCAUCUUGGAAGUAUGUGGAUUUACCUACAGUAUUCAUAACAAAUGCUGUGGAGUUGAAAACUGAACAACCAGUUCCCGAUCUGUUAAUAAUAUCCAUUAUUUCCGUUGUACUUACAAUAUUAGCAGCUGUCAUUUUACUUGCCGGUUUACGUUUCCUAUGUCGUCGUCGUAGAUUAUUCCGUCGAAGACGAGGACAGUAUACAGGUGGACAGUCAGUUUAAAUAUAAUUUAUAUUACCAAACAAAAUAUUAACAAUGAUAAUUUUCGAAGAUUUAUUUUUUGUGAAUAAUUAAUGAAUAAAAACUUUGAUCCAGCUGUUUCUCAAAGUAAUUUUUGCGACUUUCCCCUUUCAAAUAAAAUGGUUUUUUAUGGACAUCAAACUGACUUUGAUGAACUACUAUUUUUUUCCAUUGUUUAUUAAUCAUUUUUAUUAUUCUAUCCUUAUUUCUUACAGCUUUUUUGUCUAUUCUGAUUUACUUUUAAAUAUUAUGACACUAUUUUGGUAGUUUGCUAUUCUUCACCUCUUUCUUCUAUACAUAGAAUAAACUGGGUAUAAGUAAACAUUAGAGACCAUUAGUUUGUAUCACUACUACUGUUGUUGUUUUCAGUGGUUGCAUUCUCAUAAAUACCUCCAAAGGGUUAUAUUUGAACGUUGUUUUCUUAAAAUAUAUACACGUAUUCCUUUAUUUUUAAGGUUUUGCUUGGUUUUUCUUUUUUUUUGAAAGUUUCUCAGCCUGUUGCAUUUUGUUUUAAUGUACUGUAUUCUUCCACAUGGUAUUUUUGCUUUUUUUUUAAAUAUUACCUUAACGUCUUCCAUAAUUUACUGUGUUUGUGUGUAUGUAGUGGUGGAGUUUUCUACAAUUUCAGUUGAUCAAUCAUUUGUUCUAUCUUGAUACUUUAUCCAGUUUACUUUAAUCAAUAAAACAAUGUUUUAUAAGUUAAUAUAGUUGGAAUUUAUAGUCCUGAUAAAUAAUAAAUUCUUAUGGACGCAAAUAAAUAAAUAAUAAUUAGGAGAAAUAACAAUGAAUUAGGUUGCAGUACAUAGGUAAAAUGGGAUUAUUGAGGUAGCUCUGUGGUCUAUGCUACUCAUAUAUGUCGACAUAAGUAGUAUGUAACACCAAUUGGAAGUGGAAAACUUGGUAGCAAAAGCCUAUAAGGGUCGACUUGAAGAAAAUAGAAAAGGGAUUUGAAAGGAUCAUAAAGUGUGGGAGACAAAUGAUGGAAAUUCCCAAAUUAAGUAUUCAAUGUACGGUUCUCAUAUUUUACCAAGUGAUUCUGUAAUUUCGGUAAUAAGAGACAUUUGGUUGUCUCCACUUGUGUUGUCGUUCACUACAGCUCAUUGCCUUUAAUGAAAAUAAUGCAACUAAAUUGGUAGUAUUUGAUUUAAACUAAAGUAACUAAACGAACAUAAUAAUGCUUAUUAAUUAUUGACCGAUCAAUCCUGCAGGUUAAAUCACGAGUAACAUGGGAGUUACCAAUGGACUAAUACCAUAUAAAUUAUUGUAUAACUAUUCAGUAACUAGAUUAAAUAUAUCCACAUCCCUCUUAUUAUAAGCUUUAUUUUGACCCAUAGACUAUUAUGAUACGGUUUACUACUUUUAAAUUGUACUCAGUUUAUCAAUUACCGUCUUCCACGUUCACAGCCACUUCUCGGUUUGAUCUUGCACUAAUGUUAUUUCCUAUUUUAUGUUGUGAUGUGGCCUGUUUGGCUGGUAUAUAAACCAAG